UCGAGUCGCCUGGGAAAUCGGGCCGUCGUGAUCUUGUCGCAUAUAAAAUCACCUACGGCUGUUCGGGUGUAGCGCUCACCGCCCCAAAAUAGGACGGCAUCGUCGCGUUGGAAAGAAAACCUUCGGGACAUUUUUCUCCCCUCCCCCGAGAGCAUAUAAAUUCUCCUCUCCAUUUCCACACUGUAGAUUUUUUGGGGAAGAAGAGGAGAUGAUGAUGAUGAUGAUGAUGAUGAUGAUGAUGCGUUCGAGCUCUUCGAGAGGUCUCUAAUGGCGAUUCUUAGCUUCCGAUCCGAUCUCUCGUGAUCUUGCUCGGUAGAGAUAAGUAGAGCUUCGUCCCCAACGUUCCCAUGGCCGCGCCCUUCUUCUCCACGCCGUUCCAGCCCUAUGUUUACCAGAGUCCGCAAGAUGCAGUGACAGCUUUUCAAAUACUGGGCGGAGACUCACAAAUUGUUCAAAUAAUGCUGAAAUCACAAGAGAAGGUGACUGCCAAACCUGGUACCUUGUGUUACAUGUCUGGAUCAAUUCAAAUGGACAACAAUUACUUACCUGAAAAUGAGGGGGGUGUCUGGCAGUGGCUUUUUGGAAAAAGUCUGACAAGCAUUGUUUUUUUCAAUCCUGGUCCUGAAGAUGGAUACGUUGGAAUAGCAGCACCAUCACCUGCAAGGAUACUACCAAUUGAUCUAGCAAACCUCGGUGGAGAAAUCCUUUGCCAGCCGGAUGCAUUUCUUUGCUCUGUCAAUGAUGUUGCAGUCACCAAUACUGUUGAUCAGAGAGCCCGCAAUAUUGAGGUUGGUGCAGAGGUGAUCCUUAAACAGAAGCUGAGAGGUCAGGGUCUUGCUUUCCUUGUUGGUGGUGGAUCUGUUGUGCAGAAAAUUCUUGGUGUCGGCGAGGUGGUAGUUGUUGAUGUUGCUAGCAUUGUUGCUAUGACGACUGCCAUUAAUUUCCACUUGAAGAACUCCAAUGCUGUGAGAAGAGCGGUCUUUGGGGGUGACAACCAAUUAACGGCUACUCUAACAGGACCCGGCGUGGUUUUUAUUCAGAGCUUACCAUUUCAACGUCUGUCCCAGCGUAUUGCAAGAGCGGUGGCUGCCCCAAGCCUGAGGGAUAAUCCGAAGUUCUUCAUUCAGAUUGCAAUCUUCUUCUUUCUUGCAUAUGUUAUGAUUGUGUCGUCUAUAAUAUUAACUGAUGUGUAGCUUCUCCCUUUAGCCAUCCGUGCAUUUCAAUAUUUGUUCGCCCAUAUGAAAAAUUCUCAUAGCAAUUAAUUGAAUCCUUUCUCUUUGUAGAUGUGGUUCUUUGGAUAAAUUAGUAAAGAAAGAAGAGAAAUACAAUUAGAAGACAAUUUCAAUCUCAAACAAUUUUGUAAUGACUCAGGUUGAUUGAACUCCGGUCUCAUUUUCUUUUUCCUUUUUUUUUGGCUUAUUUAUAUUUUUUUUUUCCUAGGGCUUGCGCCAGUAAAGUGAUGCGCGAACAACACUGUCAUUUAACCUGUUUAUGUACAAUACAUUGCCACUGUUUUUGGUCAGAAA